GCUUUUAAAAAGUACGUGAGGAUGAGCAUGCGCAAUGAGGCGCCGUCGGCAACGAGAUAAGCGGAGAGGUACAAUACCAUCGUCCUGUCUCCCUUCCUUCGCUUGGUUGUGGUGAGGAGGAUCGGCACCAGCCAUGGCGGCCACGGAGGCGGGAGGAACGACGGCGGCUGUGGUGGAAGCAGCAUCCUCCGAUCGGUUCCAGCAGUUGUUGCAGCAGCCCGGCCGGUCUUUAGUGGUGGUUCACUUUUGGGCCCCAUGGGCUCCUCAGUGUGUUCAAAUGAACAGUGUCAUGGCUGAAUUGGCAAAAGAACACCCAUGGGUUACAUUUGUGAAACUGGAAGCUGAAGCUGUUCCUGAAGUGUCUGAGAAAUAUGAAAUUACUUGUGUUCCAACAUUCUUGUUUUUUAAGAAUUCCCAAAAGAUUGAUCGAUUAGAUGGUGCUCAUGCGCCUGAAUUGACUAAGAAGGUUCAGCGCCAUGCCACUAGCUCGUCUGUUCCAGCCGGUUCCAAUGACGGGGCUAAAGAGGACCUUAAUGUGCGGCUCAAGAAACUGAUCAACGCUGCCCCUUGCAUGCUAUUUAUGAAGGGAACGCCUCAGGAGCCUCGUUGUGGUUUCAGCAGACAAAUAGUGGAGAUUCUUAACAACCAUAAGAUUGUGUUUAGCAGCUUUGAUAUCUUUUCUGAUGAAGAAGUGCGUCAAGGACUGAAAAUCUAUUCCAGCUGGCCUACAUAUCCACAGUUGUAUGUGGCUGGAGAACUUAUAGGUGGGCUGGAUAUUGUCAAGGAGCUGGAGACUUCUGGAGAACUGGAUACCAUUUGUCCCAAGGCACACAAAUUGGAGGACAGACUUAAAGAGCUGAUAAAUAAAGCUUCAGUGAUGCUGUUUAUGAAAGGAAAUAAGCAGGUGGCAAAGUGUGGCUUCAGCAAGCAAAUAAUACAAAUCCUAAACAAUACUGGUGUUGAUUAUGAGACAUUCGAUAUAUUGGAGGACGAAGAGGUGAGGCAAGGUUUAAAAAAGUAUUCAAACUGGCCAACCUACCCGCAGUUGUAUGUGAAAGGUGAACUUGUUGGAGGGCUUGAUAUUGUUAAGGAACUGAAUGAAAGUGGAGAAUUAUCAUCUGUUUUGAAAGGAGAAAAUUAAUGCAAAUGGACACAUUAAUAAAUUACACUCAAAUACAAAAACAUACAAAAAAUUGCACUGGAACAUGACUGAACCCUGAUAGAAGGGAUAGAACACCGUUUCUGAUUGUUUGUCUUACUUCACAAGGCCAUGCUUUGUAAAGUUAUGACCAUCUUCAAAUUGAAUUAAAGUUGGAAUGUUCAAAA